AUGACAGACUAUGAGCGAGCUAUUGCUGAUGAGUUCCGCGCCUAUUGGACAUUCGCACCAGCAACCCAAACACGCACAAGAUUGCAACUGCUCCCUCAUUAUGGCUCUCUUAGUGAUCUCAUGAACUCCCCUGUCUGUCUCGGCCCACAGUUUGCUUUUGAGAGCAACGCCAACAAAAGUUACCCGACCAGUACGCAAUUUGAAGUUUGCCAAAAAACAGGAUUGGGCGGACAGAAUGCUGGACCCGACUUGAUUUUAGAUCAAUUGCAUCUCCAACAAUGGCCAUAG